CCCAUGUGACCCGGUCCGGCAUGGUGUCGCCUCCUCCCGGGGCGGCGGCGGCGCUGGCGGCGGCUCCGGCUUGGCUCCGCAGCGGGCCGGCCCGCGGCCGCUCAUGGGCAGCCAGGGCGGCUCGGGGCCCCCCGGGAACGGCGGACCCGGCGAGGGCGAGAGCGGGGAAGCGAGGAAACUACAGGAAGGGAGAGCCGCGAGGGGGAAGCGAAGGAAGGGGAAGAGGAAGGGAAAAGCAGGAGCGGGGCAAGACGGAAGAGGAAGCGGGGCGGAAGGGAAGCCGGAGCCACCACAGGCGAAGGCGGCUGCGGGGCUGGGGGCCGAGGCGGGAGCGAGGGCAGGCCUGGGAGAGGAGGGAGAGGGAGGCGGGAGCGUGCAGGAAGGAGCGAGAAGGAUCGUCAGGGGAGAGGAGGGAAGCGCAGGGGCGGGGAAGGAAGCCGAAGGGAGAGAUGAUGGGAAGAAGGAAGAAUGGAGGGUCAGGACUGGGUGGCGGGAGGAAGCCAGGCCGGCGAGAGCACAAGGACGAGGGGGUCAGGCUUGGGGGCACCUCGCGCGGACAGGGGCGGCCAUGGCGGCAGAGGCGGCCGAGGAGGAGGCGGCGGCCCGGGAGCCCACGGGCCGCCCAGCCGCGGGGCCCGCGCUCUUGCGCCUGCCGGAGGAGCUGCUGCUGCUCAUCUGUUCCUACCUGGACAUGCAGGCCCUCGGCCGCCUGGCUCAGGUGUGCCGUUGGCUGCGGCGCUUCACCAGCUGCGACCUGCUCUGGCGCCGGAUAGCCCGGGCCUCGCUCAACUCUGGCUUCACGCGGCUCGGCACCGACCUGAUGGCCAGUGUACCAGUGAAGGAGCGGGUGAAGGUUUCUCAGAACUGGAGGUUGGGGCGCUGCCGAGAGGGGAUUCUGCUGAAGUGGAGAUGCAGUCAGAUGCCCUGGAUGCAGCUAGAGGGUGAUUCUCUGUACAUAUCCCAAGCUAAUUUCAUCCUGGCCUAUCAGUUCCGCCCAGAUGGUGCCAGCUUGAACCGGAGACCCCUGGGAGUCUUUGCCGGGCAUGAUGAGGACGUUUGCCACUUUGUGCUGGCCAAUUCGCAUAUUAUCAGUGCAGGAGGAGAUGGAAAGAUUGGUGUUCAUAAGAUUCAUAGCACCUUCACUGUCAAGUACUCAGCCCAUGAACAGGAGGUAAACUGUGUGGAUUGCAAAGGAGGCAUCAUUGUGAGUGGCUCCAGGGACAGGACGGCCAAGGCGACUCAGCUGGUGCACCUUUCCAACCCUUUUCCCAAUCCCAGGCAACGCCAACGAGAGCCUCUCCUCUCCUGUUUCCAGGUAUGGCCUCUGGCCUCAGGCCGGCUGGGGCAGUGCUUACACACCAUCCAAACUGAAGACCGAGUCUGGUCCAUUGCUAUCAGCCCAUUGCUCAGCUCUUUUGUGACAGGGACAGCUUGUUGUGGGCACUUCUCACCCCUAAGAAUCUGGGACCUCAACAGUGGGCAGCUGAUGACACACCUGGGCAGUGACUUUCCCCCAGGGGCUGGGGUGCUAGACGUCAUGUAUGAGUCCCCUUCCACACUCCUGUCCUGUGGCUAUGACACCUACGUUCGCUACUGGGACCUCCGCACCAGUGUCCGGAAGUGUGUCAUGGAGUGGGAGGAGCCCCACGACAGCACCCUGUACUGCCUGCAGACCGAUGGCAACCACCUCCUGGCUACCGGCUCCUCCUACUAUGGCGUCGUGCGACUGUGGGACCGGCGCCAAAGGGCCUGCCUACAUGCCUUCCCGCUGACCUCGACCCCCCUCAGCAGUCCUGUGUACUGCCUGCGCUUCACCACCAAGCAUCUCUACGCCGCGCUGUCUUACAACCUCCACGUCCUGGACUUUCAAAACCCAUGACAGGGCCAUCCCAGCCUGUGGGCCAGGGAAGCCAGCUACUCAGGGACCUCUCCUGCCUGGAAGGUACAGUGAUACCUAGAUCUGUGACCCAGGGGCAUAGUUCCCACCACCCCCACCAGGAACCAGUUGGAGAGCAGGGUCCUGCUGCUUCGAGAGAACACAGCUGAACCCAGCCAGGCCUUGCUCCUCUGUUGGCCAGAGCAAGGAUGGGGUCUGGAGAGGCCCACCCCUUCUCAGAGCCAGGCCAGCUCAGCUCAAGAGUGAGGCCAGGUGCUCCAGCCUUCCCAGUGGGUCCCUUCCUGCCUCUUCCCUGGAGGGAGGCGGGAGGCUGCCAGUUCCCUAUGGCCCCAGCCUCCAUCUCAGUCAGACCCCACCCUUGGCCAAGCUCGGGCCGGGGACUCACAUUCCUGGGGCACUGGGGCUUGGUCUUGCUUUGACACCAAGAGAGGACAAAGGGAACCCCACAAUUCUGAGUGAGUUCUGAACCAGCCCAACCUCAGGCUAGCUGUUGAGACAUGCUACAAUAUUCAUUUUCGUAAAAAUAAAGCUUAACUGUUCACAGAUCUGGUUCCUCACUGGCUGGGGAGAUCCCAGGGAGAAGGAACAACAGAUUUAAACUUGGGGAUGGGCAUGCUAGGGAAAUGGUAAGACCAGCCUCCAUGGCUCAGUGUCCCAAAACACAAAGGUUUCUUUUCUUCAGGAGAACCUCUCACUCCCCCUUUGGCCCUGCUGGUUUCCACUGCUCAGCAACCCUCAUGCUGGCUUUAUACCUACAAGGUGUCUUAAUAGCCUGGGCCGUUUCCAAGAGGUCUGCUUUUUUUUUUUUUUUUUCUUGAUUUUUUUUUUUCCAGAGCCGCACCCAUGCCAUAUGGAGGUUCCCAGGCUAGGGGUCAAAUCAGAGCUGGAGCCACCAGCCUACACCACAGCCACAGCAACGCAGGAUCUGAGCACGCCUGCGACCUACACCACACUUCACAGCAACACUGGACCCCCAACCCACUGACCAAGGCCAGGGAUAGAACCCUCAUCCUCAUGGAUCCUAGUUGGGCUCCGGGAACUCUAAUUUCUGCAUUUUUAAAACUUCUCCCUCACCCACCUUUAUCUUAGGGUCUGCAAGCUAGGGCAGCACAGGGUCCUCUCCAGCCUAGUUUUCCACUGAGUUUAUGCACACAGGUUGGGGAAGACUCCCUGCCCCGCUGGGGUCAGGACUCCCUGACCCUCUUUUCCAUCGAAAAUCUACACCUCCCUUUACAUGGAGGGUUCUACCUCUGAAGGUCCUUAGGCUAGAGGAGCAGGAAAUGUCAUCACCAGCACCCUCCCUGGGGGCAGGAGCAUCAGAAGUGAGCAAGAGGGCAGUGCACCCACAGUGACUCAGAAUGACUUUACUCAGGAGAGAAAACCAUGACUCAGGGCUAGGAAGGCCCCGGUUCUUACAGAGCCUGGACAGCUGCUGAAAGGAAAGAGGCUGCCCCGGGCUGGAAAGGCCCAAGCCUCAAACUCUGACAGGUCUGUAGGAAGAACCUCACCCAGACUCAGCAUCAGAAGUGCAGGUUCAUGGGUCUACUACUGGGUCUUGCAAUCCCCGUCACUGUUGUGGGCUGUCUUCACCUUCUUCAGCUCCUUCUGCAGCUCUGACUCAGCUACCAGGACCUCCUUGGGCUUGUGGUACUGUGGAUGGAGCCAAGGAGAAGGCAUGAUUCAGUCAUAUUACCCCCACCACACACACACACACACACACACAUACCCUGCCCACAUGCUCAGGACCCCUUCUUCCCCCCUUUAUUCAAAGAUGAGGCAAUUGAGGCCUACAGAGUUGAAUGACUCGCUCCAAGUCACAUGGAUGGAUAGGGGUAGGCUUUUGGACCUUCUAGAACCCUAGUUCUGUGGGUCCCCCCCCCUUCUAGCUGUGAUUUUCAAAUGAGCCUCCUCCCUGAGCCCCCACCUGCUAAUCCCAUGCUGAAGCACAGGGGCCUGUUCACUAGCAAGCACACCCCCAGAGUGGUUGGGGCUGGAACUGACGGCAACAAUGGGAUGAGAAGGGGUGAGGGGAAGAGGAAACUUCUCAUGUCAGGGAGAAGCCAAAAAGUCCAAAUGAAUCUUACGGAGAUGAUGAGGGUAGAGUUGGCAUGAGCAAAGCUCAGCAAGGAGUCAUCCAGAGGUAGCUGGUAUCUGUCUAGGUCAGGAAUGGGGAACUUCUUGUAGUACCUGUGGGAACACCAAGAGGCCAUGGGGACACCCAACAAGGUGACCACAACAGUUGGGCAUCCGGCCCUCUGACGCCAAACUUCUACACAGUUCUCCCACAACUUCCACACAGCCAAAGAGGAAGAAGGGAACCAGUUAGAACGCCCUGGAAGGAAAAGCCUUAUGGCCAGUCCAGCAGUUGAAGAACAGGGCCACUCAUAAUUCCUUGAUUAGACCAGAACUUUGAGUGACUCAUACUUCAGGCUCAGGACUCCCAAAAACACACUGAAUAAGCCUCCUGGAAUACGGACAGCUCAGACAAGCCACACCUUCUCUGCACCUGAAGAAGGUGGGACAUGUGUGCUAACAAAUAACAGAAUAAGGCUAUCUAGAGCUUUCCUCCAAAGCAGGAGACUGACAGUUGCCACUUACACGGCACUGUCACUGAAGGCCUCAGCUAUCUUUUCCUCUUUGGGGGCCUUCCAAGGCCUUGUCAGCUUGCCUCUGCUUGUAGGUCAGAGAGGUAAGUAUAUGGACAAGGAGAAAUCUCCCUAAGAGAACGAACCAUGUGACUCAUCCCGGAAGCUGGAUCCCUGCAGCUCUGGACUCUGCUGGCCCUGAGACCCCACUCCCCCAUUUUCGCAUACACAGACGGUCCCCAUCAUCGGCAGGUGCCAGUCCAGAGAUUAACAAUUUCUUUUAGUUAAAAACAAAACAGAAACAACCCACAUAGCAACAUCCAACCCAUAAUGACUGUAACUGGACUUUGCAGGAACUCUGACCUUUACCGAAGAGCAAACUCAGGCUCAGAGAGGUGAAACUGCCUGCCUUCACAGCCAGUUAGUAGUCAGUGGGGUCAGGAUUAAAGUUCUCUGACGCUGAUCCAGUGCUUAUUACGCCAGAGCACAAAGAAUGGCCUCCUUAUCUCUAGCAAUAGGCCCGUUUGGCAUUUUCCUUGGUGCAAGUGUGACCUAGGCUCCGGCCAGUGGCUGCCAGACCUGUCACCCAGGCACAGCAUCACUGCUGCUGCAGAGUCGUGUGGGCUGCAGGCACAUAGAAACAAACUCAACCAUGGGGCCUGGAGAGGAUAGGCUUCUAAUACCAGAGGAGCCUGGUCUGUGACAGCUGCCCCAAGUCCACUUCAAAAGCCCCGAUGCCCUGAGGAUUCAGAGAGCUGACAUCAAUGCAGUACUUCUGCCCUGCUCUUCCUGCCCAAAUCCCUCAGUUUAGUGGAGGCUCCGAGGGCCCCUCUCCUCCCAGGUUCCCCACUCCCCGCCAAGGUGCUGGGACCCAUGGCAGGAAAAGAAUGUUUACUUAAAGGCUGACAGUUCAAAAGGAGUGGGGGCUGGGGGAUCCUAAUGGCACCACAAGUUUGCUUUAUUUUCCAAAGCUCUGCCCCAGGGAAAGGCGAUCCAUCUGCCUGCAAACCCGGGUGGAAUGUCGGCCUCAUCCUCUUCCUAGCCAGCCCAGGCUGAGGGCUCUUCCUGGGGCCCUAGGUCUGGCCAGCAAAGGUGGCAGACACUGAUAAUAGAGGGGGAGUCAAAGGUUAAACAGCAGAGAUUAGAUGAACACAAAGGCUUGUUAGGAAGUGUUAACAUCUUCCCUGCAAAUAUACAUAAGAAGCCAAACCAGGAGAAAAGCAGCCUGGCAAGCACAGCUCAGCCUAACCUACAGGGCCUGUGUAAGGCCUCGCUGUGGGGAACGAGUUGGGGGUGGGGGAACACCCUCCUUUCUGCCUACCUGGCUAUGUGUCGGAGAGGGCGGACAGGGACACACCUCUGCACCCUCAAAGGGGCCCUGUCAAGCCACAUGCCCCAGGGGAGGGUGGUGGGACUGGAAAGAGAGUCCCAGGACUUGGCCUCAACAGCGAUGACAAGAUCAAAGGGAACUUGAGUUGCGUUGGUUGCCCCACCUUCCCUGUUCUGCCCCCAUCACCUUUCACGAGGCAGGGGGAGCGGAGGCAGAGUAGGUCUGGAGGCUCAGCUGUGUUCUGAGUCUGUUUUAACGGAUUUAGUUUACUGGUUGGGGUUAGACAAUAUUCCUCACGGGCUCCUGAUGGGCAGUCUUCAAGGGAGGAUGGGGCAUCUGCUGCUUUCUCUCCUCAGGAAGCAGCCCGCCCCUUUAUCUCUAGCCCUGGCCUUGGGCUUUGCCCUGAGAGGAACCACACUUGACUUUCUCACCAGCGCCUGGACUAAAGACAGCGCCUGGACUAAAGACGGCCCCACCACACUUCUGUAAAAGUCCUGAAUGCUGAGCCUCAGGCAGCGUAGGUAGGCAGCAAACAUUCCUCAGGCAUUAACUGUGUCCCAGAUCUUGAGCUAUGAGGUGGGGAUUUAAGGAUGAAGAAGAAACAAGGCCCUAUCGCUGCCUGAGGAGACUCUGUGUUUCUGCUAAAAGCUAAGCCCUUAUAGUGGUGGGGUUCCCGGGCUUUUCGCUGAUGCACAGCAACCCCCAUUCUCACCUCCCUUCACCAUCCUCAGUCUGAGCCACGUGGUGAAAGGUAACAUUUACGAAUACUUAUCCUGUGCCAAGCACUGUUCAACACACACUGAAUCCUCAAAUCAGGUUGGUUACUUCUGCUGUCCUCUUUUACAGAAGAGGAAGCUGAGACACAGAAAAGUCAGGUAUCUUGCCCAAGCCGCAAAACGAGUAAAUGGAGAGGCCCUUAUCACAGCAAUAAUCCCCCAAAUCUCCUGGCCCCUCCUCUCUGCUUUCUAACCUCAGAGAAACAGACCACCUGGGCUGGGUUCCCUGUACCUGUCCAAGCAUGGCGUGGCUAUGGAGGGUGGCCUCCCCCAGGAUCCAGCCACCCUGCGGGUCCCCUGGGCACUCCCUCUAAUACACAGUGGUCUUCCUUUCUGAAUGUAAAAAUGUUCAAAAGAUGUCUGUGGAAGCAAAGGCUCUCAGGCAUUCUCCUGGCCCUUCCCUGUGACUCUGGGCAGGCUACUUAACUUCUGGGCCUCAGUUCCUUCAUUCAAAUUCCUUUCUCAAAUAAGGGGGCUGCCCUAGAUGGACUUUAAGUCACUGUCAAAGGGACCAGAACAGGCCAACUCUACCUCUCCCCAACCUGUGCCAAAAGGACAGCUCCUUUACUUGGGCUAUUUCAGAAGUGACACACUACCUACACUCAUCGCUCUCUCCCUGCUAUCUCCCUUUCCCACUUCUCCAGUCCCUUCCCAACCCAUUCUCCACUGCAAUGACCGGAGAACGGGCACGAGCCACCAGGCCUUCAGAAAAAACUCUGGAGGAGGCUGAAGGUAGAAGCAGGGUGGCUGUGGAGUCACGUGGGCCAUGCCCCGCAGACUUCCAGCAAGUGCUCUGCACACCCAAACACAAGCUCGGCCGGAGUGCUCUAGAGAAGCCUCUAGACAGUCUGUCCCUUAAAAAAAUCAGUAGGCAAAUCUUUCUUAAACGUCAACACUCCAGGCAUACUGGUCAUCCCUGCCUAUGGUAGCCCCUUCUAGAGUGUCAAGAUGCACAUUCACAUAACUCAAAGCUCUCACAAGUCCUACCAAAGAGAAACUUGUUUAAGCCAGAGUUUCCUAAACUUAUUUGACCACAGAAUUCUUUUUUCUAGUGAUGCCUAUUAACACUUCCACAGUGUUAGCAUCAUCACUGAUGUCAAAUCAGCCAAGCUCUUUUCAGGUUCCAAAUUCCAAAGAAUUGUUGAGGGCCUGCUUCAGGCUGGCCAUUGUGCUGGGUGUUUGUAAAUAUACAAUUUUACCAAAUUCCCCAAACAAUCUAUGACAUGUGUAUGAGCAUUUUCCUACGAGAGGUGAGGAAGCCCUGCCCCAAAUGUACGGUUAAUACAUGGCAGAGGCCAGCUUUAAGCUGACAUCUUCGUACCCCACACCCCCAGCUCACCCCCUAGCUCAUUCCACUUGCAGCUGCCAGCUUCUAGGCUGAGGCUUAGAGCCUACUUUCUGUACAACACUCUUACAGGGAUGGCUGGUACUAUGGUACUAUGGUACUAUGAUGGGAUCCUGGAAAAGCAACACUUUCUUCCUUUCGUGACUGGUCCCUCGCUAUUACCUGAGGCCAAGGACAUGAUACACUGGAGUCAAUUCCUUUAAGAAAAGUGGCCACCCCAGCUAUCUGGGACAAGACAGGUACAGCAAAGGAACUCUGGCUUCUAUUAGUAACUACAUUUCAGAACAUGAGAAACAGGGCAGAUAUGGAACCUCUAGGUGAAGGAUGUCAAUCAGAAAAGGCACAGUGUGGUGGAAACUGCAGAGGCCUGGGCACUGAAACUAUUACUAACUUUGUUAGUGAAGUUAUUUUAUUAUUGUCCCUUCAGCAAGUCAGUUCACUGUGCUGACUUUAUAGAUACAGUUACAUAAUCAUCAGUAUAUAGCACAGGAGUAAAAAUACAUACCCUGUCCACCACUGGAAGGUAUAAUCAUCAGAAAACAGAUUUUUAAAGCAUUUUGAUCAACAACAACAACAAAAAUAAAUAAAUAAAUAAAUAAAGCAUCUUGAAAAAGUUAAACACUGCCCAAAGGGAUAGUCAUUGCAUUCUGUUCACUUAGGGGCAGUAAAGGUAUAGGGCAUGUUACUACUCUAGGUAUAAGAUAAAAAUGCCAUGAGACUCAGGAAGGAGCUAGUUAAGGAUUUGGCAGCCUCUCACCUUCCGCCCAGUCGAGGAUCCUGAGGAAGACUGGGGCUGAGCCGGGCUGGGCCACCGGACCCAAGAUCUCAGGGUGAGCUCUCAAGCGGGUACUCACAUACUCCUCUCUCCUCUGUGGGGCUCCAACCCUGGACCAGUCCCCUCCCCCUCCGGGGCACUGCUCCCAUCCCACCUGGCCUCACCCAUCAGUUAAAAAAUGUCUCCCCCUUUGCCUUGGGCGCUGGAGCAGGCCUCUGGCCUCGGAGCGCCUGGCCAACAGCGCCACCUAUGGCUGGAUAUGCACAAGAAAUGGGACCCAGAGGAUCUGCCUGCAGAUGAAUUUUUCAGUGAGCUAGCUAGGCUCUCUUCUCCCACUCCCUAGUAAUCACAUUUCUGCUUGAUAUCUGUAUUCGACAGUGACCUCUGGGGGACAAAAGGGAGGCAGCAGCCAGCUCCACAAAGUGCUGGGCUGCAGAUUCAAGUGCUAUCAGAAGCACUUUUGUUCCUAGUUUGGACCCAGGGCCUCUUACGCCAGGGAAUGCUUGCUGAAGCACGGAGUUUGUCUUCCUAAAGGCAAUUUCUCUGUUGUCUGAAAUUGCUAAAUUCCACUUUAGGCACUGACUCCUGUUAAUGAUGAGAACAAUAACGGGAAUAAACUGCCUUUUAUCUGAGGGCCUCAAAGUGCUUUAUACACGCAAACCCUUAUUAUGACUUUAUAUUUAUAGACAAGGCCCACUGCAGGGGCUGCUGGCUGCAUGUACAGCAAUAAUCCUGAAAUUAAUUCAUUCAUCUCCACCCCUCCCCGGCUCAUUCACCAUGCCAAAGUGACAGGGUGUGGGCGUCAUAAGAGAAGGGUAGACUCCAGGGCUGCGCUAGAGGAGCCUGGGAGCCAUGCUGCUUCCCCUUGGACAUCACGGAUCUGAGGGAGAUGGGAGGAGAGGCUAGCACCACACCACCGGAUAAGAUGGACAAAUAGCUGGGUCCUCCUCACUGCUUAUAAAUCAGUGGAUAGAUGGGGGCACCUCUGGCCUAAGCUUAGCACCCCAAGAGACAUGCUGAGUGCCUUCACGGAAUGUGGACCAGCAACUCAUAAACCCUUGCAUCUCAAUGCCGCAAAUCUGUCCUAUACUGCAAUCCCUCAAUCCCUGCAAUCUGGCCCAGGUUAGGACCAAGUGGUUACAGGGCUCUUCUCCUGUGACCUAGAGCUCCAGAAACCCACAAGAGAUCAAUGCAUUUCCAAGAUGAUCAGCCCAGAAGCAGCCCUGCCAGGAUCAGAUCUCCACCUUCGUCACCUUCUGUCCCCUCAUCCCCAUAUUUUGUCCUCCCAACAGACCAUGAAAAGAGGAGCGAAAGAAGCUGAGUAUCCCUUUUGAAACAUAAUGCAAGAGACUUUAAGCAAGAGACUUUCACAAGGCCAAGCACCUGCCCACUGUCUCUUAGUCCAGGGAGGGAUCAGGUUUUCUGUUCUCACACCAGUAUUUUCAAGUUCUGUAACUGCCACUGCAGACAGACAGGUGUGCCUUCUAAGCCAUGGCUCCCUGCCAGCUCUGACAGUGAUGUUACUAGGUCAGCUUCAUCACAGACUGGAUCCAGCCAGAGGUCAAGGUCAUAAUAACCUUACAGCAGAACCACCCAAGAUCACAAGUCACUGGCCAGGUGAUUCCCUCAUGCACUCAUUAUUCAGCACAUAUUUACUGAGCCCCAAUACGUGCCAAGUACUGGGCGAGACACUCUUGUUCAAAUCCCUGAUGGACUGGAUUGUAACAUUCAAGCUGGUCCUGCAGAGCGAAAGCCCUUCAGCAUUUAGCCUACCACAGGGCUUUUCUGCAGCCCUCCUGCCUUGCUGAGGUGGAAGAGGAGGUUUCUCUGCCCCCCGGGUAGGGAGCAGUCUGAGCUCUAACCCGGAUCAACCCCACCACCACAUGCUCAUACCCGAGCAGGCAGGUGCCCAUCACACCACUUACUUUUUGUUGGUUGUUCUGACAACGACACAGCGCUCCUUCUGGUCCACAGAGACACUGUAGACAUCCUUAGGGUAUGGGAGGUUUCGAAUUCGCCACUGGAAACUCAUCUUGGUGUCCUUGCGCAUGAAGAUGGGCUGCAAAAGCCAAAUCCAAAUCAAGGACUGUUCCCAGAGAGGGGUAGGAAGAGACGGCUCCCCCUCCACCAAGCUCAACCUGGCACACAAUGGGAGACCCUCAGCUCCUCUCCCCAGCUCCCCUCUGAUGCUGCUAUUACCGUGACAUCCUAAGUCUGAAGCCCUCGCCCUGGGACGAUCAAGCCAAAACCCUUUGGGUAUUUAUUCAAGCAAACAUUUCUAGAGCACUAUGUCCAGGUGGGCACACUGGAGAUGAAGAGGUAAACAAGACAUGGUGCCUGUCCUUGAGAACCAGCAGCCCACUUCCCACAGCCUUCCCAAGACACCUGAGACACAUACGUUGGCAUUGCUUUCUGUGAUGAGUUCAGGCCCCAGGCUCCCUGCUCCUGGGACUGCUGGCUCUCCCACCUCAAUCUGCCACUGGCCCAAGGCUCCCAGGGCACUCUUCACACGCCACUUCCUCACUGGGGAGAGAAGGAAGCAGUGGAUUAGAGGAAAGAACAGGGCCCUGCUCUUUUCUGCUGAAUCACUGACAUAUAUAUCAGGUAACCAGAUCAGGAUAAAAGUAGGAGCUGCAGGCCUUCACACUAGCUUUGUCCAUCUGAGCAGGGACCUCACUACCUCUGAAAUCUCAGGAGAGCAUUUCAAUAUUAGAAAACUUGUAAAGCCCUUAUCAAAAGGAAUUGGAGUGCGCAGAUGAAAGGAAUUGGAACAAAACUCUGCAAGGUGCUAAGUAGAGUUCAGACACCCCCAGGUGUGACUUCAAGCACAGGGAAGAUGUGAAGGUUAUGAAAAGGGUAGCUACUGGUAACAGAAAAUGUGGAUCCCCAAAACUGAGAGCUGACAGUUUUCCCUCUAAAAAAAAAAAAAAAACGUGCAAAGGAAAAA